AUAACACAUCAAUUAAAGAUGUUUUUGAUAUUCUUUGAGCUCGCUCUACGUUUGAAAGUUUGUUGUUAUAGUCUGUCCACUUUCACUCACUAUAUGGCCACUAUAUCCCACAACACACGUCAAGGAGUGUGGUUUAGAGAUUUCACACGUCAUGCGAAAUGGCAUUUGUCACGUUUCAACUUAAUUUAUUUCGAUAGGAUGGCUGGUUGGUCGUUGCCCAGUGGAUAGAAGGAGAAAAUGGUUCAGUUUAAAAAAUUUAGUUAUAAGUAAAUUAUUGUCGCUAGUGUCCACUUGGAUUUGACGAUUUGCGCUGGUAGGACGAUGGAGCUGCUAUGGGAAAUGUCCACACUUCGUUCCCUAUUUAUCAUUUUUGUAACCAAAUAACUAGUAGUUUUCUAAUUUAAGCGCCAUGACAUUGAUUAAAUACGGUAAUGGCUUUUUCGUACGGCCCUAAUUGCGCGUUUCCUUUAUAGUGAAAUACCGUAGAUUUUGACUUUCUAAAACAUUAAUUUAAAAGAGAGAUAGGAAGAAAACGGGUUUUACCGUGUUUUUUGUACCCCAUAGCCUACUGUUAACCAACUGUCGAAAAGAAAUAGUUUUCUCACAACGCCUCGAAAACCCGAUUUAAUAAAUAAGUAAUAAUGCAGCAGGAAUGGGACGCGUGGUAAAUGUAUGUACGAUAGAAUGUGAGGAGCUGAGGACGGGUUUUUCCAGAGUCGGGGCUGGAAGGGAAGAUACUGGGUCUACCACAAAGCCACGAAGAUGUAUACUUUUGGUUCUCUUUUUUCCCGUUGAUGAGCAGAAAUAAUAUGUAUUUACAGAAUAGGAGAAAAUGUCUGCUAUAGUUGUACAUCAAGGUGCACAUUGCUGCACCAAAAGUAGACUUUCUACUACACGAGCUGACUGAUAUAUAAACGACUUCUGUAGGCGAUAAAAAGUCACAGUUGCGAAUUGUUCUUCACUCCUACAGGUAGUUCAACUUAAAAUGUGGAAGGUAACGAACUCGAUCAAAUGUGCGCUCGUGAUUGCUUUGGUGCUUAUGCAACAAGGCUCAGAAGCAACUAAAGGAAAACGCCAUCGACAACCAGCUGCUUCACCUACCUAUCAGUCCUACCAGCAACAAGCCCCAGUCGCUCCUCCAGCCUACCAACAACCUGCUCCUUCUUAUCAGCAACCUCAGCAACAAACUCCAGCACCGUACCAACAACAAGCCUCAGCGGCUCCAUCCUACCAGCAGCAAGCUUCAUCGGCUCCUUCUUAUCAGCAACCUGCUCCAUCGGCCCCAUCUCAGCAACAUCCUCCAGCGCCUCAGUCGUACCAGCAACAGGCUUCCCCGUCACCAUCAUACCAGCCACAGGCCCCAACGGCUCCAGCUCCAUCGUACCAACAACAGCAGACGCCAGCCGCUCCGUCUUACCAACAACCUUCUCCGGCAGCCCCAACCUACCAACAGUCGACCCAAGCAAGUCCAUCCCACCAGCAACAAACCCCAUCGGCCCCAUCUUAUCAACAACAAUCGGCCCCAGCGGUUCCAUCGCACCAACAACAGGCUCCAGCUUCCUCUUCCUACGGUGGGGCUCAGCAGCCACCGACCCCGUCUCACCAACAGCAAAAUGAAAUCGCUCCAUCUUACCAGCCACAGCCGACUCCAUUGGUUCCUUCUCACCAGCAGCAGCAUUCAGCUCCUUCCUAUCAACAACAGGCUCCGUCAGCUCCAACCUACCAACCACAGACUCCAACAGCUCCAGCUCCAUCAUAUCAACAACAACAACCGCAGUCUCCAGCCGCUCCAUCUUAUCAACAACCUCCUCCAGCCACCCCAACUCAACAAAAGCCGACCCAAGCGGCUCCAUCCUACCAGCAACAGCAAGUUGCUCCUCCAGCCUAUCAGCAGCAGCAAGCUCCAGCGGCUCCAUCCGGUCCAUUUCAUCAGGAGCAACAGUCGUCAGCGGCCCCAUCGUAUCAGCAACAGGUCGGCCACAACCAGCAACAACUGGCUCCCGUCCCCUCCUUCUAUGGCCCUUCUUCUCUGUUUGUCUAAGUUCGAAUGCUGAAUAUUUUGACAACAUUUAGCUAAUGUUUGGAGAAGAUUCAAUUUUAUUCAUUCUAGGUGGCUGCGCUAUGUGAGAAUUUUGUUAUUUGCAGAGUUAUAUGAUUCGCAAUUGAAAAAUAGAGUUUAUCAAUUACAUACAAUUACUAACUCCUGAAUUCUUCUAGUACGUAAGCUAGUUAUUUAAUUUCAACUGGUGCUCACGCUUAUGGAACAACAUAUAUCAAAGAUGGUGUUAAGUUUAUUUGUCUGCUGAAUGCUAUCAUAAUUUGAAAUAUCAUUUCGGAAAUGAAUCGAAAUUUGAAAAAAAAAGAUCCCGGUUCGGCGGUUCCCGGAUUUGCUGAGAUCAUCACACACACAAAGAGUUUUUUUUUAUUUGGCAAUGUCACAUAUGAAAGUUAAGUUCGUCUGCUAGUUUUACAGAAAAUGUGUUUGUGUGUGUUGAGUGUUAAGUUGAGAGUUGAGACUGUAAUACUGUGAUACUGUGACUGAUGUGAUUCAGUGAUUGUGAUUGUUUGAGUUUGAGUCUCUACUAGUUAUAGAACAACAGAUGGUGAAAAUGAUAAGGUUAUUGCAGAGGAAUAUUUUCAAAAAAGCCAACUGUCCUUCAAACGAUUCGAAAUAGAAUAUUCAUUCACCGAAGAAACGAGUCAAAUGACUUAAAUGUCAAUUGGUUUAAAACUCAUCCCCCAGCAACGUCAAAAUGCAGAAGGAAAGGCCAGUUUGCAUGUCUUUCAUAAUCGAAGGUCACGGAGAUCAUUACGUAAAACGUGCCAUGCAGUGGUGUAGAGGUUGGACCCAUCCCCCAGCAACGUCAAAUUCAGAAGGAAAAGCCAGUUUUGCCUCGCACGUCUUUCAUAAUCGAAGGUCACGGAGAUCAUUAUGUAAAACGCGUCAUGCAGUGGUGUAGAGGUUGGGUGAGAAUCAAAACCAUUUGGUUUUCAUUUUGAUAUUGGUUGUUUGUAGACCCAUCCCCCAGCUACGUCAAAAUGCAGAACGAAAGGCCAUUUUUCAUGUCUUUCAUAAUCGAAGGUCACGGAGAUCAUUACGUAAAACGUGCCAUGCAGUGGUGUAGAGGUUGGGUAAGAACGGGAUGUGUUGCUUCAUCAUCAAUUUGGUACAAUAGCCGCAAGGCUUAAAAGGUGGGUCAGGGUGAGAAAAAGUCGUAUAAAAGGAGAGAGAAAAGGCGAUAGAGAUCAGUCGAGUGAGCAUCUCCGACACGGCAACACCUGCAGCGCACUAUUGGUGCCUUCAUUAUCGUAUUACAUCAGUUCGCAAUCAUGGUUAACUAUGGCGUUGUGCUGAUGUCGGGUGUUGUAUCGUUGAUGGCUGCGUCGACCACAGGUGUACUAAUGUCUCCUGGGUAUGGUGGAUACCAAGCAACAGCACCGAAAGAAGACUACACCACGUCACCGCCUCACUACAAAAAAAUGUUAACGUACGCAACACCUACUUACUACACCGAGGCCCCCAACUAGUACACCACCGAGGCUUCAGAGUAUUACACGAAAACUUAUGCUGCCCCGAGCUACUACGUCGAAGCCACCAAGUAUUACUCUGCCCCGAGAUGCAUCACCAAAGCGCUUGAGUACUAUACCGAGGCUCAAGUUUAUUACACCACUAAAGCUGUCGAAUACUACACCGAAGCGCCCAAGUACUACAAUGCAACAUAGACUGCCCCAGCUUAGCACACGGGAGGCACCGGCGAGCACCGGAGUACUACUACACCACCCCCGAGGCACUGAAGUACUACUACACCACCCCCGAGGCACCGGAGUACUACUACACCACCACCGAGGCACCGGAGUACUACUACACCACCACCGAGGCACCGGAGUACUACUACACCACCACCGAGGCACCGGAGUACUACUACACCACCACCGAGGCACCGGAGUACUACUACACCACCACCGAGGCACCGGAGUACUACUACACCACCACCGAGGCACCGGAGUACUACUACACCACCACCGAGGCACCGGAGUACUACUACACCACCACCGAGGCACCGGAGUACUACUACACCACCACCGAGGCACCGGAGUACUACUACACCACCACCGAGGCACCGGAGUACUACUACACCACCACCACCGAGGCACCGGAGUACUACACAACUACUUACGCUACUCCGACCUACUACACCGAAGCUCCAAAGCACUACUCUACCCCGAGUUACUACACUACUAAGGCUCCUUAAUACUUGAGUCGAAAUUUCUAUUAUCAUUUAAAUUCGUCGGUUAUCUUCAUGGUUACUAGUGACUAUGAAUUGAUUGUUGAUCUUAAACGAGAAAAUAAAAAAUACUAAAGAAUAAGACUUUUAUUAAUACCUACCUUUUCGACAUUUCGACAGGCGUUUCUAUUUGUGUUGACUUCUUCAAUGUUAGUAUGCUGUGUUAUGAUUUGUUUGUUUCAUGUAUUAGAGAUGACUACUGCCUUAGUUGCUUGGCAUACGGACAUUCUUCUGCUUUGACGAUUGUUUUAGAGUAAGUUGCGAAAGAAAGGUGCUGCGUUAAGUAUACUCUAAAUUUUGAUUUUGAA